AUGAGGGAUCGAAUGGAAAAAUUUGUUCUCCUUCCGUUUAGUGCAGGUUGCAUAUCUGAAUCGAGCAUUGCAGUUGCACAGCAGCAAGCUAAAAGAUCAAAUCCGGAUACCAAGUUAACUCCAACUAGAGAAAAGGAGGAAGAAGAAGACGAAGAAAGUUUAUCGGGCGAUAACUUGAAGAGCCCCUUAAGCCAUUUGGCACUUCAGAGGUUCCAGAAGCUGUUCAAGAAUUUCAAGAACUUCUCUCAGUCAUUUGCUUACAAAGAUGAGUUCAAAGAAACAGAUAUGGGGAUUGAGAUCGGAUUCCCGACAGAUGUGAAGCAUGUGACUCACAUUGGUUUGGAUGGUUGUGCAAGCACCAUACUCUCAAGGGGAUGGACCAAUGAACCGGAGCAGACAAUCAAUCUCCCUUCUUUUCCUUUGACACCACUUGAGCUUGCAAUGUCAAAGCACACUACUAAUAAGCCCACUUUCCAGAGUCUGCUCGAAACCAAAUGA